AUGUUGGAACAUAUGUCUACAAAUUUAAAAAUAAAAGACUCUGAAACUCCAAAUGAAACAAUUUUUGCUGCCAAAAAUAUUAAAACUGGAAGCUACUAUGAAAACAUUGCUGUAGAGAGGAAAAGAAAAGGUAACAAUAAGUGGGAAGGUAAUAUGAAUGAGUUGGCACAACAAAUCCAAAAUAUGACAACCAAUUAUGCUAAACUCACAGUCAUAUUAACUAUUCAAGCUAAAGUUAAUAAGUCAUGUCCAAGACUACUCACAAGAGUAAAUGUGAUAGUUAUAUCUUAUCAGUGUAAUGAAAAAGGCCACUAA